CCCUAAAACUUUCUCCCCCAAGUUUCGGCCUCCUCCUCCCUUCGCCGAACAGCAGCGCCGCCACCCCUCCUCCUUCUCCUUCUCGGCCGGCAGCUCCUCGACUCCUCUACAAUGACCGACAGUGAAGUCACGUCUCAAUCCUCCACCCAAAAAUCUCCACAUCUGGCUUUCUCCGUCUCCAACGUCAAACUCCAUGUUCCAAUUCAACUCAGCUUUUCUCAACCAAACUAUAAAAAGUGGAGCCGCUUGUUCCUUCUCCUCGCACGGCGGUUCAAUCUUCAGGGUUAUCUCAACGGCUCUAUUGCCCCCAUCUCCGAUGAGGACGACGAAUGGUUCCAACUUAAUGCCAUUCUCCGGGGAUGGAUUCUCUUCACCAUCACGGAUGAGGUUUCAGAUCUAGUUCUCUCCUCUGUCUCUACUGCUUCUGCUCUCUGGACGGUGAUUCAUGAUUUGUUUCAUGACAAUAAACAUGCUCGAGCCAUGCAACUCGAGCAUCAAUUUCGCACCACCGUCAAAGGAUCUACCCCCAUGGCCACAUAUUGUCAAGAGCUCAGGAACAUUGCAGAUUGGCUAGAUGACGUUGAUGCCCCCGUGUCUGAGCACCAACUAAUACUCCAGAUGUGCGGUCGGCCCUCCUCCUUCUUGAUCAGCAGCGGACUCCUCUGGGCGGAACUAGCAGCACGACGCUGCUGGCGGGUCGGGACGCCGGCAGCUUCAGCAGCAGCCAGCACGGCGGGGGUGGCAGCCACGGUCCUCCUCACGGCGGCAGUGGGGAUUGUUUCUUUGGUAGCAACUUCGGCGAUGGCUCCUCCUUCGGACAACGUGGGGGCUUUGGACAUGGAAGAGGGCGUGGCAACGACAAUCGGGGUCGAGGGCGCUCAAACGGCGGUUCGAGACAACGGCCACUAACGGACGUCCAAAGUUCCUAGAACUCACCCUA